AGUGAUGACGUCAAACCGCCGCGACUCCUCACCGGUGGGAUACAAGUGUGACUAUUGGAGUCAACUGUGUUUAUUUAAUAACUAGCUGACAAAGUGAAUAUUAUCGGCAGUAACGUCCUUAUUUUCCUCCAACAUGGCGACGUCAAUGCCGCAGAAGCGUUACUACAGACAGAGAGCCCAUUCAAACCCGAUGGCGUACCACACGUUUGAUUAUCCAGUGUGUCCUGAGGAGAUGGACUGGUCCACGCUGUAUCCACACUUCUUCACUGCCGGCCCCUCUGACAAAGAGACCCCUCAAGUUGAGUUUGCGGACAUUGGAUGUGGAUACGGGGGUCUUUUAGUGGAGUUAUCUCCACUCUUCCCAGACAAGCUCAUGCUGGGGAUGGAGAUCCGGGUGAAAGUGUCAGAUUAUGUUCAGGAUCGCAUCCGGUCUCUGCGUGAAUCAGAACCAGGAGGAUACCAGAACAUCGCCUGCAUCCGCAGCAACGCGAUGAAGUACCUCCCCAACUUCUUCUUUAAAGGACAGCUCAGUAAGAUGUUCUUUCUUUUCCCUGACCCUCACUUUAAGAAGACCAAGCACAAGUGGAGGAUUAUUAGUCCCACGUUGUUGGCAGAGUACGCCUACACGCUGAGAGUUGGGGGUUUGGUGUAUACCAUCACAGAUGUGGAGGAAGUGCAUGUCUGGAUGGUGAAGCACUUCAGUGAACAUCCACUGUUUACACAUGUCUCUGAUGAAGAACUGGUUGAUGACAUCAUCAUAAGUCGUUUGGGUACCUGUACAGAGGAAGGAAAGAAAGUGCAGAGAAACGGAGGGAAGAAUUUUCUUGCAGUUUUCCGGAGGAUUGAGGAUUCAAACUAAAAACAGUUGGGACAAUGUAAUGAACUGAAAUAAUGGUCCUAUGCAGUCGUCUAUACAUGGAGGAUAAUGUUGCUCUGUGGAUCUGGAGGCUGUGGCUUGUUCCACCAGCAGAUGAACACUGAUGUCUUUUUUCCAGUGGACAAACAUUUACAGCAUUACCCAAUAGAGGAUUGGUGUUUGAGUUUUUUCAUAAAAUUAACGUAUUUCAUUCCUCAGAUAUCAAAAGACACCACAAAUCCACAUCUCUGUUCUGAUUAGAUUUCAUGAAGUGUUUUGUAUUGCUUUUUGUAAUGAAUUUUUAUUAUUUCAUUUCACUUUUGCUUAAGUGCUUUUUCUUGUGACGCUAUAAAUUCUUUUAGUAAAACAAAAAAAUCAGUGUUGUGUUUUGGUUUAUUGUGGUGGCCAUUGGUACAUUGUAAACAGUAAUGAGAGCAAGAACAGGUGAAUUUAAAACAUAAAAAUUAUAUGUGUGUUUUGGAUACAGUAAUUUUGGGAAUUUUCUCACAUAAAGUAACCGCAGUCAUGUCCUUGAUAGAGGUUCCACCAUUUAACACCGUUAGAAAUGGCAAAAUUUUCCAAGUUAUUUGGCCUCACAGUGUUCAUUUGCAGUAUUGGUGGCUGAAUCAGAAACGGGUUACACUGAGAAUUUCUCCAACAGUCUACAUCCUGCUUGCAAUGGUCAUUGUCCAGUUUAAAAAUAAACCUGCAUGCUGCAGCAUGUUCUGUAAGCAGUGAACGCAGCACAGAGGGCUCAAGUCCAAGAGAUGACUGUGACACAAUCAUGUUAAUACCUGUAUGUUUGAUUGAUUACCAGAAGUUCUUAUUAAUAUAAUUUAAAUAGAAUGCACUUAUUUAAAACCACAAAUUGACCACAAUUGGUGACGCUCCUGCAUGUUGUGAUAUCCAAAACAAACCUAUUAUCUUCAUCAUCUAGACAUGUCUGCUGAGGAUCUUUGUGAAGUCCAAAUCAAAGGAGUCUGUAACAGUGGUUUUCUGUGCUCAUUUUAUGAUUUUAUCUGUAUAUUACAGGUUGGUAUUCUUGUCUGUCAGGAGUUUGGAAGCGGGACAGCGCAGGUUUGAAACCCUUUAGCUGCUGCAGGGGAUGGUGAUUAAAAACAGGACAGCACAUGCCUCAGUGGUGGAAACACUGUAGACAUUCAGACAUUGUAAAACAUUAGAUGAUUGCAGAGAUGAGUAGGACUCAUAAACAUGAAGUGAAAAUAAAUAAAAUCACACUUUUACAGGGACAGUUCACCCCAAAAUCAAAAAUACAUAUGUUUCCUCUUAUCUGUAGUGAUAUUUAUCCAUCAAGGCUGUUUAUGUGUGAGUUGCAGAGUGUUGGAGAUAUCGGCUGUAGCAAUGUCUGCCUUCUCUUAAAUAUAAUGGAACUAGAUGGCACUCAGCUUGUGGUGCUUAAAGUGCCA